UUUGUAGGUGACGCGCAGUGACAGGCGGUUGGAGGCCGAAUUUGGAGCCGCGGGGAAUCGCGGAGCCGCGGCCGCCGAGAGACCCCCUCACCCCCGGAGCCCCCGCCAUGGCCGAGCCGAUGAUUGUUCGUGUCCAGUCGCCGGAUGGUGUAAAGCGAAUUAGUGUGGGGAAACGAGAAACAGGAGCUCAGUUUUUGAAGAAGAUUGCAAUGGAGUUUGGUUUGUCUAACAAUGAAUUUUCUGUGUACCUUAACAGAAAUAAAACUGGAGAGAUCUGUGCAGCAUCGAACAAACCCCUCUCUUUAUUUAGGAUAAAACAUGGAGACAUGCUGUUCCUCUUUCUAGCGGGUGCUCCUAGCACUUCCACUCAGUACAUGCAGACUUCGUGUGUGGGAGGAGCCGUUCUUGGGAGCGCACCUACAGCUUCAGCCUUUGUAGAGGACGAGAUUGACCAGAUUCUAAAUAAACAAGAUGGAAAAAUUUACAGAAACAGGGACGCACAACUAUGCCGGCAUGGUCCAAAGGGUAAAUGUGUUCAUUGUGUACCAUUGGAGCCUUUUGAUGAAGAUUACCUUAAUCACUUGGAUCCACCUGUCAAACAUCUAUCAUUUCACGCAUAUAUCCGGAAGUUGACUGGUGGUGCUGAUAAAGGAAAGUUUGUUGCUUUGGAGAACAUCAGCUGCAAAAUCAAAUCGGGAUGUGAAGGGCACCCUCCGUGGCCUGAUGGGAUAUGCACAAAGUGCCAGCCAAGUGCUAUCACACUCAACAGGCAGAAAUACAGGCACGUGGAUAAUAUUAUGUUUGAGAACCAUACAAUAGCAGAUCGAUUCCUCAACUUUUGGCGACAGACUGGGAACCAGAGAAUUGGAUUUCUUUAUGGUCGCUACACUGAACACAAGGACAUUCCUUUAGGUAUUCGGGCAGAGGUUGCUGCCAUUUAUGAACCUCCACAGAUUGGAACAGCGAACAGUCUAGAGCUUCUGGAGGAUCCGAAAGCUCCAAUUGUGCAUGAAAUUGCUGAAAAACUUGGAUUAAGGAAGGUUGGCUGGAUAUUCACAGACCUUAUAUCAGAAGAUACAAGGAAAGGCACCGUCAAAUAUAUCAGGAAUAAGGAUGCACAUAUCCUGAGUGCAGAGGAGUGCAUCACAGCAGGUGAUUUCCAGAAUAAGCACCACAACAAUUGUCGACUAUCUCCAGAUGGGCACUUUGGAUCAAAGUUUGUGACUGUCUUGGCAACAGGUGGCCCAGAUAAUCAGGUUCAUUUUGAAGGCUACCAGGUCUCCAACCAGUGCAUGGCGCUGGUACGAGAUGAAUGUUUGCUGCCGUGCAGAGAUGCACCAGAGCUGGGAUAUGUAAAAGAGUCCACUUCUGAACAGUAUGUUCCUGAUGUUUUCUAUAAGGACACUGACAAGUUUGGGAAUGAGAUCACACAGUUAGCACGGCCUUUGCCAGUAGAAUACCUGAUUAUAGAUAUUACCACGACUUUUCCAAAGGACCCUGUUUACACAUUUGUUUCAUCUCCACACCCUUUCGCUGUUGUGAAUCGUGAGGUUAUGGGAGAGACACAGGAUUUCCACAGUCUGUCCACAUACUUGUCUCAAAAUCAAUCGGAGUUUUUCCUGGAUAUCAUCUCAGAUUUCCACCUGCUAGUGUUCCUGGUCACCAAUGACGUCAUGCCACUCAGGGAGAGCAUGAGCUUGAUACUGGACGCUGUGAAAACACGGAAUGAGGAGGUUGCCCAGACCUGGAAGAGAUCAGAGCAGUGGGCUACCAUUGAACAACUUUGUGGUACAGUGCCUUCCCUCCCGGACAGCUUCGCAGAUUUCGGUGCAGUGGGAGGAUCCGUGCCAACUCCCCCUCCUGCUGACAUGUGGCAUUGUAAACAUUGCACCUACGUGAACCCGCCAAUCAUGGACCACUGUGAGAUGUGCAGCCUUCCCCGAACCUAGCUCACACCCAACGAAAGUCUAGCCAGGCCCUGCAACAUGAUCCUAGUUCCAUUUGGGAAGGUGGUAACAUGGUGGCUGCCAGGGCACUGCGAAAUCAGCUAGGGGAAAACUACAAGUGAGCUUGUUUUCACAGAUCUGCUAGGACUUUAACAGAGAUUAUAAAGGAAACACUUACUAAAAUACACCACCGCUAUACAAGACUUUUACUUUCUUCCACAUUUUAGUUUAAUGGAUUCUCUAAAAUGUUGCUAUUUAUGCAAAAAAAAUCUUAUUGGGAUUACGUGGUACACUUGACCUGGUCUCUCCAACGUUACUGAACCCUGGAGACCCGAAUCUUCCAUUCAGCUCGGAGAUGGUUGGCGAAGGUCACCUCUUUCUGAAGCUGUGGAAGUGUUGGAGGUGAAGUGAAUUGUCGCAAAGAACUAAUUAUAUAUAUUUUUUAAAAAGUGCCCAUUAGUUAGGGGAUUUCACUUCUUUGUGCUGUGUGAGUUAUCAGUGGGGAUAAAUCAUAGCGUAGGCUGAGCAAUUGGAGCUGGGAACAUAUGUUUCCUCAGUGAAUUUCGGAAUGGGUAUGGUGGCUUCAACAUUUUACACAGUUAUUUUACUAGUACUGUAGUUGCUCGCACAGUCAAUUUAUGUCCCACCAUCCAAGAAAGUGUUCAGUCGAACAGAUUUGCAGUUUUCCUGAUCCAAUGUGGCUUAUUGGACAUUCAUGCCUCUUAAUGUUGAGAUGGUCACUCGUUCUCUGCAUAGAGUGGAAUUUAGGACUGCUUAAAGUCUAGUUACAAUUAAUAGCUUGCCAACCUCUUCUUUAUUACCUUCCCACAUCAAAAAAAACUUGCAGAAGAGAGUGCCAAACCUUUUAAGUUACAUAGUGAGUGAAUGGCAUUCCUGUGCUGUUCAGGAGUAAGCUAUGAAACCAUAACCUGCUCUUCACAACUAUGGAGUCCAGUCACUUGAUAUACAGUUGGAUAACUACAGAAAUGGGCUGGACUGGUGGGCAAGGCUUUUCAUGGUUAAAAUGUGGCUGCAAAUGCGCACUUUUUAAAAAAAAUGGAAUAUUUUCUUGUGACGAAAUGAGAAACUAGAGCAGAUUCCUGAUGUAGACCUCAGAUUGGUCACAUCACUUAUCUCUGAGGAGCCGCCAAUUGGGAGUCUCCGUUGUUUAAUGAAGACCGCCCUGUUUCUAAUUUUUUUUUAAAGUUUGUUGUCAUUUUUAAACCAUCGCUAGUGGGGAUUUAAACAAAAGAGUCAACGGAUAUUGUUCUUACAAACCAAAUUGAUAAUUUUCAGUCUGAUAAUGAUGUAGUUACAUUGGUCUAUGUCAUAACCACGAUGCUGUAAGGCAGAUCACUCACUGUGUCCAUUGGUCAUAUGUACAAAAAGCAUUCAGCCCUAUCCACUGAAUUGGAAGAUUCGAUGAGUUAAUAACCUGAAGUUGACUAAGUUGCAAUGUGACCCUUGUAGCACAUGUACUAAAGCGCUAGUUUCCCAGUUGAAUUUCCUCCCCUAGAGGCACGUUUCACUGCUUCUUGACCUACUACUCAUUGAGGCAUGGUGUGAUAUUGGUGUUAAAUGUUUUUGGAGAAAUCUUCCACUUAUCUGAAUACAGUAUGAAAAUCUGUAGCUAGGGAAGAUUUGAGAGGAUAUAAAAUAAUAAAUAAUCUAUGAAGCUCGCUGUAUUGAGAGAAGGCUGCUCUCGUGGGUUAAACACUCAAUUAUUAGACUGAAUCCUGAUAUAAACUCCUAUCCAGAUUUAGGCUCCAUCUGGGAGAUAGAUUUGCCAGGCUAACUAGAUAUCCGGGAAAGAGGAUAAACCUGAUCUGACUUUUUAUAUAAAAAAUAAAACACGCAUCCAUUUGCCAGCAGCAAAAUGAAAAGCAGCAUGGCUAGGGAAGAUGAAUUAGUAAAACUUGUGCAGUACUGAUUUUCUGCCUGUAUGUGUAAUAUUUACUUAGCAACAUCCAACAUAAGCAAUUGUUACUGCCUUUGGCUGGUAACUAUCUGCAAAUGUAGCUUAAAAUGCAAUCCAAAUUUGCAUUUCAAAUACAUUGCCUACCUCAGGCUUCACUCUAGAAUUUCCUUCUACUCCCUUCCCUCCCUUCCAAAAAAAAUGUGAGACCAAUAAGGAGGGUAGUACAGUAUUUUCUGUCUACUUGAAUAGUAAACUUAAUUUUGGUGUUACAAGCAUUAUAGGAAAUUAAAAUGUGGAAAAAUGUAGCGGAAAUGGGUUAUCUAAACUCCGCUUAUGUUUAGUGAGAGUUUCUUAUUCAUGAACAACAAGCAUUUGAAUCUGGUGCAGUGAUAUCUGACUCUAUUUAGUUGUUUGCAAAUCUAGAUAAUUAUCAGAAACAUCCUUGGAAUAAUGGAUAGUUUCUCUUGCUUGCAGAUGUAAAACAUUGGAUACAACUUCAAGUGAAAAGGUUUAAAUACAAAUGGCAAUUUAAAACUCGUUGUUUGCUGCAGAUGUUUUUGUUUCUUGGCUAUUUUUUGUACGUUUGCCUAUGUUUGUACACGGGCUUCUGGAAAACAGGAUGUGAGGUUCAAUAUUUCACAGCUUCUGCGUAGUGAGCAGGUGAUGUCUAUCAUUUGCAGGUAUAUUAAAUCACUUCUUGUUCCUUUAUCACUGUGUGGAGUUGAAACGCUGAAACCCUUUACCUUUGCUGGAAAAAAAGUCUCCCAGUGAAUGCAAAAAAUGGUUAAAACAGUUAACCAGGUUGGUACGACCAGUAUUUAAGUUGCUAAGUUUCCAUUUCAUAGCAUUCAUAUGGUGUGGUCUCUGGCUAUUGAGAUGGAAAUGGCAGCCUUCAUAUCUGCCUGCAGGGAGGAAAAGAUUUAAUUGAAAUCCAAUGAUUUUAAAUUCAGAUAUGCCGUUAGCUGGCUCUCACUUUAAAUUAUGGUGAUCUACUUUGAUAGGAUCCCUGAAAUGUGUUCAUUAAUCAUAUUUUCAAACAAUUAUAUAAUCAAUCUUACACAACUGUUAAGGUGCUUGCUCAAACUCCAAUGUGGGACUCCUAUCUGCUUGUCACCUUUCAUCAGGGUUUUGUCCACAUGCCAUUUUAUCUCGAUGCAUCUUUAGCUGAGGUUAAAGAGUGAAAUCCAUACAUGUGGUGAGGUAGUUCAAGGUUUGAAUGACCAGUUAAACAGAAUCAGAAAUCUGACUUCUGCCUGUGUACCAAGUGUCUCCUUUUGGUGAGUUUGGAGUAAGAUUGGUAUCGAAGCAGUCUUCACCCCCCCCCCACCCCCACCCCACAACCAAAGGAAGUUGCGUUGGAGAAAAAUCUAUCAAAGGGAAAUGUUGAUAGAGGAAAGAAACUGAAGAACUUGUUAUAGAACUUUUCAUUAAUCCAAUAGGCAUGCGGAGUAGUGCAGUGAAUUGUGAAAAAAUGUGCUUCAGAGUAACAACUGUAGUGUUCAGGUGAAGAGUUGUCUCAUGUGCAGUUCAGGUUUUGGGCCUGUGAAAGGGUUGUCUGUCUUUUUAACUACCUACAGUGUUAAACACCUUGGCAUGAAGUAUAAAGUCCUGAAGAGAUGGACGCUGCUAUUCCCUAACAUUAAAUGUUAGAAGAACAGACUCACGUUGAACCCAGCUGUAUUUAACACUGCCACCUGAAGCUAUGGCUUCUGCAGUGGCUGAGUGCAAAAAAAAAUAAAAGGAUGCAUUGUGAAGACACA